AUGAAGAUUUCCAAGGUGGACACCAAGGGAUCACUCGGACGCAUGAGAAAUUGCGCACCGAAUUCUGCUGACCCGGCAUCGGAAAAGGGUCGCCCCCGAAUGCUGGACCUUCGCCAGGAAACAUUGAACCACGGUAUCCGUUCGAAGCCGUUUCCAUAUGGAUUUCGUGACCCAUAUGCCCGAAUCAGCCCGAGGAAACACGACAUGUUUUCAGGCUAUGUGAUGUGUAAGCCUAUGUCAUCCACUACCGCUCAAGAUGUCGCUGAGGCCUAUGAAGAGCAGGUGUUCCAGAGAUUCGGGGCGUCCUCCAUGAUACGACAUGACCAGGAUCCGCGGUUCAUGAGUGAAGUGUUCACAAGGUUCCGAGAACUCUUAGGUAGCCGACAACUUGCUACACUCGGAUAUCGUCCGCAAGCAAAUGGACAACAGGAGAGGUCUGUACAAACUGUCAUUCGGAGU